AUGAUAGGCAGCUUAGAGAUCACUCCACCUGAGCCGCAGGUGCUCCAGGCCUUGCACUGUCCAGCUUGUGAACGCAUUCAUUGCUCCCCACGUCGAGCCCUGAAGCUUCGGUGUCGAGGUGGCAUCACCACUGGGAUUUGUGACUGUUGUCCAGCUUGUGCCAAACUUGAUGGAGAAAGCUGCGGAGGGACGUGGGACUACCUGGGGAAGUGUGAUGAAGGUCUGUUGUGCAUUUACCAAGAAGGUGCAGAUGGCAAAGCAGAGGAACGCAAGGGAGCUUGCAAACCAGUGCUUGAGGUUCUCAAAACCAACACUUGUCGGCCCGACUGCACGUUGGAGUACUGCCAGUCAAAACCCAAUGAGAUUUGCUCAGCAAGAUCUGUAUCAAUGGAAAAGCGUGAGUGUGGAGGUCACUGCCAGCACACCACCUGCUCCAGCUGUCUGCUUCUCAUACCACCAUCAUGUCCUCAGUCCUGUUCCCCAACAGAUCACGUUUGUCUCCAUCGCUUUGGCAGAUGUGUACGUGGUCACCUAGCUGAGGAAAAACACCCUCCCAUCUGUCACCAGAACCUACAGAGUAAAUCUGAGGGAUUCUUUGUGUGUUUGGCGCCUGCCUGUCCAACUACAGCAAACUGA